AUGGCAACUGUGACGUCCAGCGAUGAGCACCCAGGGAGCCAUGGUACCUACGAUACCGACACCUUCCUGGGAUGCGGAUAUUGCCACGAAGCCUUCCCUGAGAAGCGAGAAUUGCAGGUUCAUAUCAAGAUGACCCAUGAGGGCCAGGACUACUGCAGUGUGCCCGCUCCUAUGCCGAAGCGGGAGCAGGGCCUGUUGAAGAAGGCACCGUCCAUGGCGAUUUCCCGGAACAUCCCGUUGAGCGAAGUGAACCGCCACUGCAUCCCCGAGGAUUGCUGGGUGGCGCUGAACGGCAAAGUCUAUGACUUGUCGGAGUUCAUGGACCGCCAUCCAAGUGGCCCAACCACCAUUGUGGCCUGGGCUGGCAAGGACGCCUCCAAGUUCUUCAAUGACAUCCAUAAGGGCGUGAAGAUCGACUCAUACCUGCGCCCUGAGGCAUUCCAGGGGGACUUGGGCCUGGACGAGAGCCUCAUGUCUGACAACUUCUACCACACUUUGAGGGAGGCUCGUAUUGCCGAGGUGAAGGAGGAGUUGGACCGUAUCCUGAGCCAAGUGUCUGGAGGAGGCAAGGCUGAUAGCGUCUCGCGGCUCCUGCAGGACAAGAGCAUCAGCGCGGAUUUGAAGAUGAAACUGCAGCGCCUGGAAACCCAGAAGCGUGCGGCUUUGGACUCGGAGGACUAUGCCAAAGCUGCUGAGAUCAAGAAGUCUGUGGAGGCGCUACUUGCUGACGACGACCACGCACACUUGCACGAUGUUCCUUUGGACCAAGCCGCCAACUGCAACAUUCCCUUGUCCGAGGUGGCCCGACACAACAAGCCACACGACUGCUGGGUGGCCCUGAACGGUUGUGUCUACGAUUUGUCCGAUUUUCUCCUCCAGCACCCCGAGCAGCGCAAUGCCAUCCUGGCGUGGGCUGGUCGAGAUGCCACAGCAGUGUGGAACAAAAUCCCUGGACGCUUCCCAAGUGCCAACUGGAUGGAGUUCUAUAUGCGUCCUGAGGCCCGCAUGGGUGACAUCGGCAAGGAGCCAGAGGUGGAUCCCAAAUUGGCACAGAUCCGGCAGCUGCAGGACGAGCUCUGGAAGUUGGAAGGCCCCAGUGCUGAGGAGAUCCAGGCGGCCAAAGCGGCAGCACAAAAGGUACCAGGCACAACUGAUGCGCCCACGCUGGGGGAAGAGGCCCGUUUCCCAAAGUUGAAGGAGAUCAGUGCUGGAAAGGAGCUUCCCUUUUUCUCCCGAGCGGAAGUUGCCAAGCACAACAGUGCUGAAGAGCCGUACAUGAUCAUCCACAACAAGGUCUACAACCUGAAAUCCUUGAUGGGCGGUCAUCCAGGGGGAGAUGACAUUUUGUUGUCUCGCGCGGGCACUGAUGCCACCAAAGACUUCGAGGUCUUCGAGCAUUCAGAGAAGGCGCGAGUGCAGCGAGAUCGUGAUAUGUUGGUGGGGCAGCUGGUGCCUGCAGAAGCUACUGACUGGUCAGCAGAAGCAACGGUUGCGCAGGUCGUGGGAGAGGAGACUUCGGAGACAGGCAGGUACUUGCGCUAUAAGGCUUAUGACGUCGCUUUGGUUACCAUCGGCUGGUACCUCUAUAAGACCCUGCAGAACAGAAAGCCACUGUCGCAGUUCACCUACAGCCGUGCCCUGCGCCAUUUGCAUCUCAUCAUGGCCGUCGGUAUCUUCGGGGCCGUGGGCACAGCUCAGGCGGCACAGCACUGUGAGGGUCAAACCAAAAAGAAGCUGCUGUGGUGGCACAAGCAGACUGGGGUGGCGAUGCUCAUUGCAAUCGUCAUGCGCAUUUUCUUCCGCAUGCGAAGCGGCAUCCCUCCGCGUUUCCCAGGAAAUAAGGCAGUGCAGUUCAUUGAGACCCUCAGUCUCAGAGCAUUCUAUGGUCUGGGUGUGCUCCUUCCAGUAUCAGGCAUUGCGAAUGAGUAUUUCCUGAAGUGGGCCCCUGGUUCUGAGACCACUGGAAAGGAGGAAGAUGAUCGAAGGAACGACCGUUUAGCAAAGACUUCAAUUGAUGCGCACAAAAUCUUGGGCAAGUUCCUCCAGUUUGCCUUCUUGCCCUUCCAUUUGGGCUACACCACCAUGUACCACUACUCUCAAGGCCGUGGUGUUGUCCGAAAGGUGUCUCCCUUCAUUUGA